GUUCCGGUUCCUGUAUCGCUGUAUCGUUGUAUCGCUUUUUAGUAGUAGCCAUUUCAAACACCAGAUUAACAAAACAGAGGUUUGAUGCUCCAACUGUUGUAUUAUGUUGCGCUCCAAAUGUUUUAAUCUUAGAAUACAUGAUAGUUUGGGAACAGCCAACCAAGAUCGCGUGACUGCCAUCUCUUAUGCACUCUCCUCGUAUUCUCUGCUCUCAUCCUUGUUUGAUCCGGGCUAAUUAAGUGACAGGCUUAACUUGUAAUUGAAAAGCAAGAUGAAUUUCAUUGGUUUAUGGCAACAUUCGAGCCUUAUAUGGCAUUUUUUGAAUUAUAAGUAACGUGCGCGCCAACGGCCAAGUUGCCAUUUUUACUGUUUUUAAAACGUCGAAGAUGGCUCAAACAUUUGACGAAACUCUGAAUGCCUUAGAAGACGAAACCGUGGACGUUGACGAUGCUGGGAUAUCAACUGAUGAAGAAGAAGACUUGGACAGACGUUUGGCGACAUCUGACAGCGAGCCAAGGCAAGUAUUUAUAUGUUCCUAGCGAACAGAGGUUGUCGAGGACUCCUCUGUAUUAACCACUACUUGUAAACUUGCAAAAAUUAUGUUCAUUCAUUCAAGUGCGAGGUCGAAGGAUUUGAAUUUACAUUUGACGCAACCGUGAGGUUGACUCACAUGGGCCAGGACAAUUUGGUCUAUACUCUAAGAUACGUAUCCACUAAAAUAUAUAGCUAUGAGAAUUUAAUCAAUCUAUUUAGGGAGUGUUCAUUAUUUAUACCUGGGGUUGGUACCGAAGAGAAACUAAUCGAAAAGAGAAAAAAACAACCACCCACCCUUUCAGUCAACCAUUUUUUCCCCUACCCAACUAUUGCAUGACUUGGAUUUUUAUUUUACCCAACCCAAUUUCAAAAUUAUACAAGUAUUUUACAUAUAUACAUAUAUAUUAUUAUACAAGCUAGGCCACUAUAGUAUAAACAGUACUGUGCAUAUUUGGUGCACUAACUGAAUGUCAAAUAUAAUCAUUUGUACCUUCACAAGUUCAUAUUAUGUUACCAAGCCUCCUAGUUCCUGCAGUCCUACCAUAUCUCGUUGUUGUAAUCAGAGGGGAUGGGGAGUUGGAGUUUAGUUUUCUUUGUGGGGAAUGAACGGAUAUUUCCUGGAACGACCCAUUUUGUUAAAUAAAGGAUUUUCAUAUUUUGUUCAAUUGAAGGUUUGUAUUGAAAAUAAUUUACCCAACCAUAGGCUUUGUUCAAAAAAUAUUUACCCAACCCUUCAUACCCCAGAAAAAUGGCUUACCCAACCCAUUUCUCUUCGGUACCAACCCCGGGUAUAAAUAAUGAACACUCCCUUAUUAUUAAUCCAUACAGAAUAAAUAUAGAUGAAUUAAUUUAAAACAUCGUACCCAUGAUGUUUGAAAGGCAUAGCUUAAAAAAUUGAUGAGUAUUCUGCAAUCGCUCCCAAUUCGUGCAGUGCAUUUUUGUUUUAUAUGAAGAUAAUACUAUGUUACUAUGUAUCUUUAUGUUUAUACUAUUUUAUAUUUUUAGUGAUGAAGAACCCGCCGACGAAGAAGAUGAUGGUUUUGAAGUAGUUGACGAGGAUCAGGAAUGGGAGGAGGAUGGUGAUUUGGGGGAGGGUAGUGGUGGAAGGGCCCGAUCCCCAAUUAGGAGACAGGCUGACUCCCUUAGUGGUACUUCUGGUAAAAGGGGGAGGGGUGGUAGAGCCAGGGGUGGUAGGGACAGCAAUGAUGGGGCUGAUGAUAAUAGUAAGUCUUAUGAUGAUGCAGACACUAAGAAUACCCUCCCUCCCUUUGAACCAAGUCGUCUGCCGGGAAUUCAUUUUGAUAGGUGUGUCUUACGGGGAGGUAUGACAACUGAAUUAGAGUUUUUUUAUCUCUUCUUCACCUCUGAGAUGAUAAAAUCAGUUGUUGCCCACACCAACAGCUGUGCAUUCAUGAAACUUGCAGAUGGGGGCCAUACUUCAUACACUACUAGGGAAGGGGCUUGGCAACAAACUACUGAAGAUGAAAUAAAUCAUUUGAUUGCUCUUUUGAUUUAUUUUGGUCUGGUACGAGUGAGCUCAACAGUAGAAAAGUAUUGGAGCACAAAGACCCUUUACCACGGUCUCUGGGCAAGGAAGAUACUUUCCCGUGGCCGUUAUAAAUCUCUUAUGGCAUUCCUGCAUGUGGUAGAUCCCGCCAAUGAGACUCCCGGCAAUAAACUGCGCAAGGUUGAGGAAUUUCUUGCAUCGUUCAAAGAGCGAUGCCGUAUGUUAUACCAACCGUACCAGAAUGUUGCUGUGGAUGAACGCAUGGUUAAGUCCAGACAUAGGUCAGGGAUUAGGCAAUACAUGAAAAAUAAGCCAACAAAAUGGGGGAUAAAGCUCUGGGUAUUGGCAGACAGUUCUAAUGGGUACACUAUUGAUUUCAACGUUUAUAUAGGCAAGUCACAGCAUGAAGCACCUUCGAGUUAUGGUCUAGGCUAUGAUGUGGUAAUGAAGUUGGUAAACCCUUAUUUAGGGCAGGGGUAUUAUGUAUAUUUUGAUAAUUUUUUUUCAUCCCAUAAGUUAGUUCAAGAUCUCUUUUUGAAUGGGACCCCAUCAUCAGGCACAUGUAAACAUAGCAGGGCGGGUUUCCCUAAAUCAAUGUUGAAUGUGAAGGCGUGGGCAAGGAAGUUAAAGCGAGGUAGCAUGCGAUGGGUACGGGAAUCAAAUGUGUUAACCCUGCAAUGGGUUGAUAACAAGCCUGUAUCCUUGAUCACAUCAAUUGAUUCCGCGAAUGACAAAGUGGUUGCGAAGAGAAGGACGAAAACGAGUGGAGUGUUUCAAGAGAUAGAUGUGAAUCAGCCCUAUGCAUUUCAUAGAUAUAAUCAAUACAUGAACGCAGUAGAUAGGUCAGACCAAAUGCUUACAUAUCAUAAUGUAUCCCGUAAGUGUUAUCAAUGGUGGAAGACAUUAUUCUUCCACUUAAUUGACAUGGCAAUUGUUAACGGUUUCCUGCUUUUUCAGCAGCAUCGUGCAAGUAAUCCGGAUAACCCGGCUCUGCAUCGCAGGUCUCAAUAUAGCAUGGUUGAUUUUAGGGAGGAGUUAGUUAGACAGAUUUGUGGGUUAGCAGAAUAUGAUAGACCUCCAGUGAAUGAGGCAGUACAGGCUGUUCCUCGCCAUGAUCAGUUCUGUACUGUCCAUAUACCUAAAUCAGCUGAAGGUAAUGUGAGGAAGAAUUGUGUUGUUUGUUACGCGCAAGGUCGAGGGCAAUUGAAAGUCUCUACUUAUUGUAGUGCUCCGCAGUGCAAUAAUAAGCAUAUGCAUGUAGGUGGUGGGCAUGAUUGUUUUGAGGCAUGGCAUAGUAGCGAUUACACUGGUAGGAGGUAAUGAGUAUUUAUGCUUUUGGUAGUUGAGGUGGACUGGAACAUGUCCAAUACAAAAUUUGUCAAACGAAUGAAAAUUGUAUCAUAUUAUCCCAUUAUGAUUACAAUUCAUUGUUUGACAUACAUUUCAUUUUUUAAUAAAAUUUCUGUACUGUUUGUGUUACAUUCAUGUAUAUUUAAUGUAUUUCAUUGCUCUAUUAUUAAAAAUUGAAAGAACAAAUGUGUUGUGGAUUAAUUUGUAAUAUCACUCAGGUCUGAUAUUUAAUUUCUUUUCGCUACCCUACUGGGAUUGGCGCCAGGAUUCAAAGUUCUAGUAUUAAUUUCCCAUCUGAGAAUUCAAUAUCCCACUUUUGACCCCGAUACUAGUUACCGUAAAUUUUGGCAUCCCUGAACCAUUAAAGUAAGCAUGUAUACUGUACAAUGCAUGUAUAUGUCUUUCAUUGGACUCAACAGUCGACAACUUUACAGUAUAACACCAGAUUCGAAAUCGAAGGCUGGUUACUUUGAAGAAGGCAGACUCAUUCAAAGCUAUUGGGAGACCACCUUUAUCCUAAAGUUUGAAAUUUUCUAAUAUCCUGUCAGGAUAGAAGUCAUUCAUAGUUUGGUAUCCAAAAUCAAAUUUUAGUAUCCCGUCCAUAUCGCGACACUGUGAAUUUAAAACCCCUGUAAAGCCUGCAUGGUUCACAUAUGCCUGCGGUAUGCCUGCGACUGUAUCAUUAUGCCUCUACUUGCCGCCGAAAUACCGGCAAAGUUGAACUCAAGUCAACUUUCCCGGCCUACCGCCGAUGUAACUGUGUCACUGGAGGCAAUCGGCGAACAAAUAUUCACAUAAUUUACGUUUUAAGCUACCACCGGCACGUCGCCGGUAGUCGCAGGCAUAUAUGUGAACCAGGCUUAAUAUUACGCUAGGACCAGGUAACAUUUCAAAACGGUGUCAUUCAAUCUUGCACCGGUACCUUUGGGUGCCUGCACAAACCGUUUCUUUUACUCAAACAAGUGCAAACAUUUCCCUUGAACUGGUAAAACAUAAAGGUGUCAACUAUACUUUAAAAAUUAUGUUGUCGAACACAUUUCCCCCCCCCCCAGGGAGGUUGAAUUUCAGACCAUGGUGGUGUAUAAAACAUUCUAAAACUACUUCGAAGAGGUUUUGGUAAUUUAGAAGCUAUAUUUCACAAGUCACAUGGGCGAUGAUAUUUGCUUUAUAGUCUAACUGAACUUAAACAGCACACGAUUAGACUGGUCAUGAAUUUGACUGAUUUAUAAAUUUCAUCUCAUUAAAAUAUUCUGGCUUCAACACCGGCUCAGUGCCCACACUCCACAGGAAAAAUAUUUCCACAUCGCAAAUUCAACCCGAACAACUUCAAUUUUACUACACUCAAACUUUCCAUGAUACUGUAUGAUCGACUUCCACUAAAUAUCGAUUCAAGGUUGAGUUUUUGGAGCCGUUUAGCGGCCACAAAAAAGUUCUGAAAUGACCCAAUAUCUUCUGAGCCCUAACUAUAGUUAUCUGUAUAUAUGGGUAUUACAAUUCGCUUUGAAGAACAGACAAAUGUGAGGAUCACAAACGACACUGCUGAUUAUGUAUUAAACGAGUUCUAGCGUUGCUAAACUCAAUGACAAUUUUGAUGGACAUAUAAAGAAAAAAAUAUAUAAUUUAAUUAUAAAGCAUUUUAUCUUCUUCCUGUAAUCUAUCUUCCUGUGAUCAGCACUGGUAAAGAUAACUCGAGAGCACUUCGAGUCGUAAUGAAAUAAGGGUAAUUAGUGUGAUCCUUGAGAGAUUCAUCCGGCAAGUCAUUGAUGUAUAUGAGGAAUACAAGUGGUCCAAGGACUGAACUCCGGGGGCCACUCAGAAGCAAAUCCAUCGAGAACAACUCGAUGACGCGUCUUGUACCAAACCAAUCUAGGAUCGAACCAAUUCUAGAAUCGAACCAAGAGAGCAAAGGGUUCCAGAUACAAAUUGCUACAAAUUGAUCAGCAAGACAGCAAUGGAAUGGAAUGCUUUCUUCCACUUUAUAUCUAAACUGAGAAAGACGUCAUCCCAAGUGAUAAUACAAAGAGCUUGUCUCGACCCGUUAAAAUGAACACUUUUAGAAUUAUGAAGCCCUGGUCAAACGGGGGGACAUUUCUUUAGAAUGCAUGAUAGUUUUGGGGAAGCAUUAGCAACAGCUAACUCUCAUGCCCGUUUGAUCCGGGUUAAUUGACAGGCUAAAUUAGGGUGAUUAAUUUUGGAUACAAAAUUCAAAAGUGACAGGCUUAAGUGACAGGCUUAACUUAACUUGUAAUUGAAAAGCAAGAUGAAUUUCAUUGGUUUAUGGCAAGAUCCGAGCCUUAUAUGGCAUUUUUUGGAUUAUAAGUGGCGUGCGCGCCAACGGCCAAGUUGCCAUUUUUACUGUUUUAAAAACGUCGAAGAUGGCUCAAACAUUUGACGAAACUCUGAAUGCCUUAGAAGUUGAAACCGUAGAAGUUGAAACCGUGGACGUUGACGACGCUGGGAUAUCAACUGAUGAAGAAGAAGACUUGGAUAGACGUUUAGCGACAUCUGAUUGCGAGCCAAGGCAAGUAUUUAUAUGUUUGUAGCGAACAGAUGUUGUCAUGGAAGGCGAGCUAGGUCGAAGGAUUUGAAUCUACUUAAUUUCGACGCAACCGUCAGCUUGACUCACAUGGGCCAAGACAAUUUGGUCUAUAAUCUAAGAUCUGUUUCGAAAUAUGACAAAUACGUAAAAAACCUAUUUAAUAUGGCAUUUACUUCUGUCAUAUAUUGCCACAAAAAUCCAAAGUUUGAACCGAUCUUCAAAUGUGCGAGCAUGAAGUACACAUGGCAUACGUUUAGCAUUUAGAAAUUUAUCUCUGCAAUUUAAUUUUUGUUUUAUAUAAAGUAACAUAAUACCAUGUAUGUUUAUACCAUUUUAUUUAUAGUGAUGAAGAACCCGCCGACGAAGAAGAUGAUUUUGAAGUAGAUGAUUUUGAAGUAGAUGACGAGGAUCAGGAUUGGGGGGAGGAUGGUGAAUUGGGGGAGGGUAGUGAUGGAAGGGCCCGAUCCCCAAUUAGGAGACAGGCUGACUCCCUAAGUGGUACUUCUAGCAAUAGGGGAAGGGGUGGUAGAGCCAGGGGUGGUAGGGCCAGGGGUGGCAGGACCAGGGGCAGCAAUGAUGGGGCUAAUGAUAAUAGUAAGUCUUAUGAUGAUGCGGACAUUAGGAAUACCCUCCCUCCCUUUGAACCAAGCCGUCCGCCAGGAAUUCAUUUUGAUAAAUAUGUAUUACGGGGAGGUAUGACAACUGAAUUAGAGUUUUUUUAUCUCUUCUUCACCACCGAGAUGAUAAAAUCAGUUGUUGCCCACACCAACAGCUGUGCAUUCAUGAAACUUGCAGCUGGGGGCCAUACUACAUACACUACUAGGGAAGGGGCUUGGCAACAAACUACUGAAGAUGAAAUAAAUCAUUUGAUUGCUCUUUUGAUUUAUUUUGGUCUGGUACGAGUUGGCUCAUCAGUAGAAAAGUAUUGGAGCACAAAGACCCUUUACCACGGUCUCUGGGCGAGGAAGAUACUUUCCCGUACCCGUUAUAAAGCCCUAAUGGCAUUCCUGCAUGUGGUAGAUCCCGCCAAUGAGAUUCCUGGCAAUAAACUGCGCAAGGUUGAGGAAUUUCUUGCAUCGUUCAAAGAGCGAUGCCGUAUGUUAUACCAACCGUACCAGAAUAUUGCUGUGGAUGAACGCAUGGUUAAGUCUAAACAUAGGUCAGCGAUUAGGCAAUACAUGAAAAAUAAGCCUACAAAAUGGGGGAUAAAGCUCUGGGUGUUAGCAGACAGUUCUAAUGGGUAUACUAUUGAUUUCAAUGUUUAUAUAGGCAAGUCACAGCAUGAAAUACCUUCGAGUAAUGGUCUAGGCUAUGAUGUGGUAACAAAGUUGGUGAACCCUUAUUUAGGGCAGGGGUAUUAUGUAUAUUUUGAUAAUUUUUUUUCAUCCCCUAAGUUAGUCCAAGAUCUCUUUUUGAAUGGGACCCCAUCAUCAGGCACAUGUAAACAUAACAGGGCGGGUUUCCCUAAAUCAAUGUUGAAUGUGAAGGCGUGGGCAAGGAAGUUAAAGCGAGGUAGCAUGCGAUGGGUACGGGAAUCAAAUGUGUUAACCCUGCAAUGGGUUGAUAACAAGCCUGUUUCCUUGAUCACGUCAAUUGAUUCCGCGAAUGACAAAGUGGUUGCGAAGAGAAGGACGAAAACGAGUGGAGUGUUUCAAGAGAUAGAUGUGAACCAGCCCUAUGCAUUUCAUAGAUAUAAUCAAUACAUGAACGCAGUAGAUAGGUCAGACCAAAUGCUUACAUAUCAUAAUGUAUCCCGUAAGUGUUAUCAAUGGUGGAAGACAUUAUUCUUCCACUUAAUUGACAUGGCAAUUGUUAACGGUUUCCUGCUUUUUCAGCAGCAUCGUGCAAGUAAUCCGGAUAACCCGGCUUUGCAUCGUAGGUCUCAAUAUAGCAUGGUUGAUUUUAGGGAGGAGUUAGUUAGACAGAUUUGUGGGUUAGCAGAAUAUGAUAGACCUCCCAUGAAUGAGGCAGUACAGGCUGUUCCUCGCCAUGAUCAGUUUUGUGCUGUCCAUAUGCCUAAAACAGCUGAGAAGAGGAAGAAUUGUGUUGUUUGUUACGCGCAAGGUCGAAGGCAAUUGAAAGUCUCUACUUAUUGUAGUGCUCCGCAGUGCAAUAAUAAGCAUAUGCAUGUAGGUGGUGGGCAUGAUUGUUUUGAGGCAUGGCAUAGUAGUGAUUACACUGGUAGGAGGUAAUGAGUAUUUCUGCUUUUGGUACUUGAGGUGGACUGAAACAUGUCCAAUACAAAAUUUGUCAAACGAAUGAAAAUUGUAUCAUAUUAUCCCAUUAUGAUUACAAUUCAUUGUUUGACAUACAUUUCAUUUUUUAAUAAAAUUUCUGUACUGUUUGUGUUACAUUCAUGUAUAUUUAAUGUAUUUCAUUGCUCUAUUAUUAAAAAUUGAAAGAACAAAUGUGUUGUGGAUUACUUUGUAAUAUCACUCAGGUCUGAUAUUUAAUUUUUUUCCGCUACCCUACUGGGAUUGGCGCCAGGAUUUAAAGUUCUAGUAUUAAUAUCCCAUCUGAGAAUCCAAUAUCCCACUUUUGACCCCGAUACUAGUUACCGUAAAUUUUGGCAUCCCUGAACCAUUAAAGUAAGCAUGUAUACUGUACAAUCGACAACUUUACAGUAUAAACACCAGAUUCGAAAUCGGCAAAGGCUGGUUACUUUGAAGGAGGCAGACUCAUAGUAUUCAAAGCUAUUGGGAGACCACCUUUAUCCUAAAGUUUGAAAUUUUCUAAUAUCCAGUCAGGAUAGAAGUCAUUCAUAGUUUGGUAUCCAAAAUCAAAUUUUAGUAUCCCGUGCAUAUCGCGACACUGUGAAUUUAAAACCCCUGUAAAGUCUGGUUCACAUAUGCCUGCGGUAUGCCUGCGACUGUAUCAUUAUGCCUCUACUUGCCGCCGAAAUACCGGCAAAGUUGAACUCAAGUCAACUUUCCCGGCCUACCGCCGAUGUAACUGUGGCACUGGAGGCAAUCGGCGAACAAAUAUUCACAUAAUUUACGUUUUAAGCUACCACCGGCACGUCGCCGGUACGUCGCAGGCAUAUAUGUGAACCAGGCUUAAUAUUACGCUAGGUAACAUUUCAAAACGGUGUCAUUCAAUCUUGCACCGGUACCUUUGGCUUUGGGUGCCUGUACAAACCGUUUCUUUUACUCAAACAGGUGCAAACAUUUCCCGUGAACUGGUAGAACAUAAAGGUGUCAACUAUACUUUAAAAAUUAUGUUGUUGAACACAUUUUUUCCCCAGGGAGGUUGAAUUUCAGAUCAUGGUGGUGUACAAAACAUUCUAAAACUACUUCGAAGAGGUUUUGGUAAUUUAGAAGCUAUAUUUCACAAGUCACAUAGGCGAUGAUAUUUGCUUUAUAGUCUAACUGAACUUAAACAGCACACGAUUAGACUGGUCAUGAAUUUGACUGAUUUAUAAAUUUCAUCUCAUUAAAAUAUUCUGGCUUCAACAUCGGCUCAGUGCCCACACUCCACAGGAAAAAUAUUUCCACACUGCAAAUUCAACCCGAACAACUUCAAUUUUACUACACUCAAACUUUCCAUGAUAUGAUCGAGUUCCACUAAAUAUCGAUUCAAGGUUGAGCCGUUUAGCGGCCACAAAAAAAGUUCUGAAUGACCCAAUAUCUUCUGAGCCUUAACUAUAGUUAUCUGUAUAUAUAUGGGUAUUACAAUUCGCUUUGAAGAACAGACAAAUGUGAGGAUCACAAACAACACUGCUGAUUAUGUAUUAAACGAGUUCUAUAGCGUUGUUAAACUCAAUGACCCAUUUGAUUGACAUAUAAAGCAAUAUAUAUAUAAUUAUAAAGCAUUCUAUCUUCUUCCUGUAAUCUAUCUUCCUGUGAUCAGCACUGCUAAAGAUGACUCGAGAGCACUUCGAGUCGUAAUGAAAUAAGGGUAAUUAGUGUGAUCCUUGAGAGAUUCAUCCGGCAAGUCAUUGAUGUAUAUGAGGAAUAGAAGUGGUCCAAGGACUGAACUCUGGGGGCCACUCAGAAGCAAAUCCAUCGAGAACAACUCGAUGACGCGUCUUGUACCAAACCAAUCUAGGAUCGAACCAAUUCUAGAAUCGAACCAAGAGAGCAAAGGGUUCCAGAUACAAAUUGCUACAAAUUGAUCAAACGACAGCAAUGGAAUGGAAUACUUUCUUCCACUUAUCUAGACUGAGAAAGACGUCAUCCCAAGAGAUAAUACAAAGAGCUUGUCUCGACCCGUUAAAAUGAACACUUUAAGAAUUAUAAAGCCCGGGUCAAAGACGUCAAACGGGGGACAUUUCUUUAGAAUGCAUGAUAGUUUUGGGGAAGCAUUAGCAACAGCUAACCAAAGAUCGCAUGACUGCCUCUCUCAAGCACUCUCAUGCCCGUUUGAUCCGGGUUAAUUGACAGGCUAAAUUAGGGUGAUUAAUUUUGGAUACAAAAUUCAAAAGUGACAGGCUUAAGUGACUGGCUUAACUUAACUUGUAAUUGAAAAGCAAGAUGAAUUUCAUUGGUUUAUGGCAAGAUCCGAGCCUUAUAUGGCAUUUUUUGGAUUAUAAGUGGUGUGCGCGCCAACGGCCAAGUUGCCAUUUUUACUGUUUUUAAAACGUCGAAGAUGGCUCAAACAUUUGACGAAACUCUGAAUGCCUUAGAAGUUGAAACCGUGGACGUUGACGACGCUGGAAUAUCAACUGAUGAAGAAGAAGACUUGGAUAGACGUUUAGCGACAUCUGAUUGCGAGCCAAGGCAAGUAUUUAUAUGUUUCUAGCGAACAGAUGUUGUCAUGGAAGGCGAGCUAGGUCGAAGGAUUUGAAUUUACAUAAUUUCGACGCAACCGUCAGCUUGACUCACAUGGGCCAAGACAAUUUGGUCUAUAAUCUAAGAUCUGUUUCGAAAUAUGACAAAUACGUAAAACUAUUUAAUAUGGCAUUUAUAUGGCAUUUACUUCUGUCAUAUAUUGCCACAAAAAUCCAAAGUUUGAAUCGAUCUUAAAAUGUGUGAGCAUGAAGUACACGUGCAUACGUUUAGCAUUUAGAAAUUUAUCUGUGCAAUUUAAUUUUUGUUUUAUAUAAAGUAACAAAAUACCAUGUAUGUUUAUGUUUAUACCAUUUUAUUUAUAGUGAUGAAGAACCCGCCGACGAAGAAGAUGAUUUUGAAGUAGAUGAUUUUGAAGUAGAUGACGAGGAUCAGGAUUGGGGGGAGGGUG